UGCAUUACAUACAAAAUAGGUUGUGGUUUGGUCCGUCCCGAGUUGCUGUUGAGACAGUGAUGUGAUGCGCCAGGGACCGUGCACUACAAAACGCGGUGGGGCCCUGGAAAGUUGUUGUCUUCGCGUCAGUCGCGUCUCGAGCUUCCUCCACCCCACACAGGAACCCUGAAUUUCGCGACCAUCCCCGUUUCCUCACAAUUGUCCUCCCGCUGCAAACCGAUCGAUGCUCUAAAUCCCCGCCAUCUUCGAACCGCAUAUUAUCCCACGAACACCCGACGCAAUGCCUCGCCCAAAACGGUCGCGCGUCCCUGCGACGCGGCCCACUAAGGCCGUUUCCCCAGUACGCGAGGGGCCGCAGUCAUCUGGAACGCCACCCAUUGUGACGAAACCAAUUGCCGCGCAGCCCGAAGUCCCCGGCAGCGAUAUUUACGAUGUCAGCGAUCGCGAGAAGGAGCGCACGAAACAACGACUCGCUGGGGCCGCAACGGCCGGCUCGCAGACCCGUCGUACCCGCGCGUCCCAGCACCUGGACGUGAACUCGGACCAAGCGAGGGUCCUGGAGGACUCGAGACGCAAGCGGGACGACGCGAUGAACAGGUUAGAUGAUCUUACCUCAACCUCACGACCGGACGAAGCGGAAAACCUAGGCACCGGGCACAGUGGGCAGGCUCCAGCGGCCAGCAUGCAGCCUCGGUUGACCGAUGUCUCGGGUCUCGAUUUGGAUGACGAUCUCUUCGCCAACCUCGACGAUACCCUAGACGACACGGAGGAAGUGAUUGAGGCGACACAGACUGGUUACCGCUCAGCAGACACGUCAUCGUUUAAUGUUGCGAUGUUCAAACGCCGGCCGAGGCAGUCGAGCGUUGCUGGGAGAGAUACUGCGCCUAUCCGUCCGAGCAGUAGAGGGCAGAAUACACCGAGUAUUAGUCAUACUCUGAAUUUCGGCAACUUCAGGCGGCGCGCCCGCGAACCGAGUAUUCUCGGGACCGGGCGAAAGGCUCGGACGGCGAGGUCUCUAUCGCGGGCUUCGCAAGCGUCGCGGAAUGCGAGUGUUCUUGGGGAUGGCGACGAUUCUGCCCCCCCACAGAAAAAGGUCACGACGGCGGAUCUAACCUCUCUCCUCCCUCGCCGGCGACACAAGACGUCGAAUCGCGACAAUGACAGAAACGACCCCUUCGACCUGGACGCCUCAGAAGAUGAGCGCUACAACGCGGCUGGCAAUGGCGCGGAUGAGAGCUCUGACGUCGACUCGCGGGCUACGCGGCGGAGGAAAGGCCAACGGCCCCUCGCCAAAUCGACUUCCAACGGGAAGGGCAAGCAGGCCGAAGCCGGGAACGCCGCCAGCAAGAGGCGUGCUGUGAGGACGUAUGGGUCGAUGAACGAGAACAAGGAGAAUAACGAAGCCGCCGAGGAGGAGAUUGUGGUUGCCAGUGGGGACGAGGAACUCGACGAGGAGGACGAGGCGGAGCUCCCUGUGGCGGAAACGAGCCAGAUGAUGGUGGAGCGGGUUGGGGAGGAGUUGCAGAAAGCGGCGAAGAAGUUCAAAGAGGUGGAUAAGUGGGAACUCUCGUUUGAGCAAGCGACGCAGAGCUCGUCACCGGGCCCGUUUGCUCGGUGA